AUGGCCGAUGAAUUUAGUGAAAUUGAUUUGAGUGAUAAUGCUACACCGAUUCAAUCAAAUGAAUCUCCAUCGAAUCUUCGAGCACGUCGAAAAACUUUUACUACAGCAGCACCAAAAUAUAUUUCAAAUUCACCAUCGCCGACAAAUCAAUUAAAUGCUCCAAUAUAUCGAAAUGAUUCAUAUCAUGAUUUACCUUCACCGCCACCAUUAUCACUUCUUGAUAGUAGUGGUUCAUUAUCAAUAUCUUUUAAUACACCAACAAUAUCUAAUCGAUAUAUGCCUUCACCAGUAUCAUCUCCGCUACCAACGACAAUCCCAUCUGACACAGCAUCUUCAUCGCCAAAGAAUCUAGCACGUUCAGCUGGUCUUACUGAUUUAACAAGACGUGCAUUUCAUUUUCCGAUUUCAAAACAAGAUUCCAUUAUUGAUUCAUUAUUAUGUGCAUUAUAUGAACGUGAAAAUAGUACAUAUGGUUUAUCAUCAUCACAAGAUAGUGAUACUGUAACGACUGGUAAUUGUACUGAUCAAUCAUUAAAUGCACGACGAUUAAGUGAUGAUUCAAUCUUAAAUAAUGAUGAUGCUGGCUUUUCAAGAACAAAUCUUGCUAAUAAAAAAAUUCUAUUAGGUAUUCCAGAUUUACGAUAUUUAUGUGCUCAAAUUCAACAACAGAUUAGUCAAGCAAAUGCAGUACUUGUUAAAAAUCUUCGUCAUCGUGAUAAAAGUCUUUCUAAAAUACAACGAAAUUGUGAUAUUAUUACAGCUAUUUUACAAGCAGGCUCUCUUAAACGACCUCAUCUUUAUAUAUUAUAA